CAUCCUCUUACAAUGAGGAACACGCCUCAACAGUGUUCUCUGUAUGGACAAAAAUGUUGUAAUUAUUUGGGUUAGAAUGGUGUUGAAAUCGUUCGUUGAAGUCCGUCCGGACUCGCACUUCCCGCUCCAGAACCUCCCCUAUGGUAUGUUCAAGCCCAACCACUGCUCUGAAGCUCGGCCAGGCGUGGCCAUUGGAGACUUCGUCUUGGACAUCUCAGUGAUCGCCUCUGCAGGUCUUCUCGACGGCCCAUUUCUCAGGAACUCCGAUUGCUUCAAUCAGCCUAAUCUAAACAAAUUCUUGGAACUGGGAAGGCCGGCAUGGAAGGAAGCUCGUGCCACGCUGCAAAAGCUUUUAUCUGAGACUGAACCGACAUUACGCGACAAUGCAAACCUGAGGCAGAAAGCGCUUGUUCCAAUUGACAAGGUGCAGAUGCUUCACCCUGUUGCAGUAGGAGACUACACAGACUUCUAUUCGUCGAUCAAUCAUGCUAGGAAUUGUGGGCUUAUGUUUCGAGGUGCUGGGGAACCAAUAAAGCCUAACUGGUUCCAUCUCCCCAUCGCGUACCAUGGACGAGCAUCAUCUAUUGUCGUCUCUGGCACUGAUAUUAUUAGACCAAGAGGACAAGAUCAUCCAGUUGGAAAUUCUCCUCCAUAUUUUGGACCUUCUCGAAAGAUGGACUUUGAGCUUGAAAUGGCAGCUGUAGUUGGUCCUGGAAAUGAAUUAGGAAAGCCCGUAGACGUGAAUGAAGCUGCAGAUCACAUAUUUGGGCUCGUUUUGAUGAAUGACUGGAGUGCUCGAGACAUUCAAGGGUGGGAAUGCAUCCCACUCGGUCCUUUUCUUGGAAAGAACUUUGGUACAACGAUAUCCCCUUGGAUCGUGCCUUUAGAUUCCCUCGAGCCUUUUGCAUGUGAUGCUCCGACACAGAACCCCCCUCCCUUGCCAUAUCUUUCAGAAAAGAAGUCGAGAAACUAUGACAUCUCAUUGGAGGUUCACAUUAAACCAUCUGGACAUGAAGAUUCAUAUGUUGUCUCCAGAAGCAACUUUAAACACUUAUAUUGGACCAUUACUCAACAACUCGCGCACCACACUAUAAACGGCUGUAACCUAAAGCCUGGUGACCUGCUUGGAAGUGGGACUAUAAGUGGACCUGAUCCAGAUUCUUAUGGAAGCCUUCUGGAAUUGACGUGGAACGGGCAAAAACCUUUAACCUUUGCUGGAGAAACUCGCACCUUCUUACAAGAUGGAGAUGAAGUCAUUAUUUCUGGUUUCUGCAAGGGUGAUGGCUAUACAGUUGGUUUUGGAACAUGCUCAGGAAAGAUUCUCCCUUUCCCAGCUUAACCCUCUUUUGUGGACUCAAAGGGAUGACUAUAAACCACGUCAAGACAGGGUUUACCCAAUACACACCCUCGAGUAGUGGCUGCAAGUUUGUCUCGUCACUCAAAGAUGACUAAAUCUUUCUUUUCUGUUA